AUGACCAUGAACCUUCUGCAAGAUUGGUGCAAGGAGCUGGAAGUGGAUAUUCACAGGGCCCUGCUCAUCACGGGCAUCCCUGAGCGCCUGCAGCAGGCGGACAUCGAAGCCACUCUGAGGCCAAAAUUGGAACCCCUAGGCAACUACAGGCUUCGGACUGUGAGAGCUGUGACCAAGGAGAAGGCUCAGGCCGCCUUGGUGGAGUUUGGGGCCGACUUCGAUCACUCUGCCAUCCCUAUCCAUAUCCGGGGUGAGAAUGGAAUCUGGAAGAUCCAGAGUAAGGACCGCGGGCAAGACGCGCGGGUCCUUAGGCAGAUGAGGCGCCUGUUGCUGGAUGAGAGGCCCAUGGAUGACUUCAGAGAAAUAGCCAUCCCUCUAGUGUUGGAGGCCCAGGCCCAGGCCAAGGGGUUGGGGAAGGAGGCUAAGAAGGCUGGCUCCUCCGGAGGGGCAGCCAGGAACCGUCGGGGCCGUCGGGGAGGCAAGCGCAGAUCUAGAAGCCACAAGUUCACAGUUCAGAAGGGCAAGAAGAGGGGCCGGGGAGGGCGCCGAGCCAGGAGUGAGUCGGACGACUCCUCCGAUGACAGCCUGGGUAUUGUCAUAGAGGAAAUCUAUGCAGAGGAUUUGAGCGUAGAUGAGGACCAGAGGGCCCUGUACGCCACGCUCCAAGCAGCUGCCAAAGAGCUCACUCCUCCACCGAACUGGGCAGAAGCCAUGGGACUGCUUCUGGGCGCGGUGGUACAGGUUAUCUUCUACAUGGAUGCUGAAAUCCGCAAUCGGGAGGAAGAAACGAGGGCUGAGGAGGCUGAGCUGAUGGCAACUUGGGCUUCGACAGCGAUGAGGAAAGUGAAGAAGGAACCGGGGCUGGGCGUAGAGGUGGGCUCGGCUUUCAAGACGGAGGACCAAAACUAUUGGAGGAAUGCAGGGGACCGCGGUGACCCUCCAAAACCUCUAGUUCGCAGGGCUGGAGGUAAAAUUCGCUCCAGGAGAAGGAAGCAGAAAAAGAAUCCUAAGCAAGAACCAAUAUACUGGAGAAAACCCCAAGGCAACAACUACAACAACAAGGCAUAUUUGGAAAGCGCCGAACCUGCGGCUGCCCAAGGCUCAGAGACCCCAGACUCUGUUAAGAGCAACAAAAAACCCUUCGUGAAGCAAGAGGAGACAUUUUGGAAGAAGAAACGAGUCUGGAAGGAUCCCAACGAGCUCUCUCAGAGUACACUGCCCACAGCAGAGAGUCCUGGGAGUCUGGAGGACUCAGAUGGUGGUCCUGAGAGCCCUCCAAAGAAGAAAGCCAUGACCUGGGCCUCAAACAGGAUCCCUGCCCCCAUGAGGAAGAAGAGAAAGAUGAGCAUGGGCUCUCUCUCUUAUGUUCUGGUUGAUUCGGAAGCCACCAAGAACAAACCUGUGAUUCCCAAGAAAGGGCCUACUUCUAGAAGGGCCAUGUCGGCUCAGAGGGCUCCUGGGGGGACCCAGCCUGCAGAUGCAACGGCUUCAACAUCCAGGGCUCGGAAGACCAAGCCGGGAGGCUUCCCUGGUGUCUCCAACAGUGAGUGGAUAGAGAAUGACUUGGUUAAAGUGGGGAUGCAGGGGGGAGAGCCGAGGGGCUCACAGGACCCCAGUGCAUUAGGGGACGUAUUCACACGCUCCCAGGUGAUGGUUAGUGAGUGA